GGGCGUUGCCCACUAGGCUGCUCCCUGAGGAAAAUCCAGUGGGCUCUGCAGCGUCUAGUCAGUGCUGGGUUCAUAGGCAGACUGCCGUCCCAGCCGUGGGAAGGGAGGAUUUGACCUGGGAUCUUCGGCAGGACACCUGAGCAGACGAUCAAAAACAGCACGCAGGCUGCACUGGCCACAGAGCCCGGAUCCUGUCACAUCUGGGUACAAGGGAAAGCGAACCCUCUGUGGACAUAAGAGGACUGGGACUGGAAGCAUGUGGUGUGUCCUGCGCGGCUGGAGGCGAGGGCACCUGAGCCCUUGGGGAGUGCUGGGGCAGCAGCGGCCCCCGGCCCUCCGUGCUCUGGCCAGUGUGGCCUCCGGGAGUGGAAACGAGUACAGCCACGUGGUGGUGGGUGCGGGCUCUGCGGGCUGUGUGCUGGCUGGACGGCUCACCGAGGACCCUGAUAAGCGUGUGCUGCUGUUGGAGGCCGGGCCCAAGGACACGCAUGCGGGGAGCAAGCGGCUCUUGUGGAAGAUCCACAUGCCCGCGGCCCUCGUGGCCAACCUGUGCGAUGACAAGUACAACUGGUACUACCACACCGAGCCGCAGGCAGGCAUGGACGGCCGCGUGCUGUACUGGCCGCGCGGCCGGGUGUGGGGAGGCUCCUCCUCCCUCAACGCCAUGGUCUACAUCCGCGGGCACGCCGAGGACUACGACCGCUGGCACCGCCAAGGCGCCACGGACUGGGACUACGCUCACUGCCUGCCCUACUUCCGCAAGGCGCAGUGCCACGAGCUGGGUGCCAGCCGGUACCGCGGCGACCAGGGCCCCCUGCAUGUGUCGCGGGGUAAGACCAACCACCCGCUGCACCGGGCGUUCCUGGAGGCGGCACAGCAGGCCGGCUACCCCUUCACCGAGGACAUGAACGGCUUUCAGCAGGAAGGCUUCGGCUGGAUGGACAUGACCAUCCACAAAGGCAAGCGCUGGAGCGCAGCCUGUGCGUACCUGCACCCAGCACUCAGCCGCCCCAACCUCACCGCCGAGGCCCGGACGUUUGUGCGCAGGGUGCUGUUUGAAGGCAGCCGCGCAGUGGGCGUGGAGUACAUCAAGAACGGCCAGAGCCACAGGGCUUACGCCAGCAAGGAGGUGAUUCUGAGUGGAGGUGCCAUCAACUCCCCGCAGCUGCUCAUGCUUUCUGGCGUCGGCAACGCAGACGACCUCAAGAAGCUGGGCAUCCCCGUGGUGUGCCACCUUCCGGGAGUUGGUCAGAACCUGCAAGACCACCUGGAGAUAUACAUCCAGCAGGCAUGCACCCGUCCCAUCACCCUCCACGCAGCACAGAAGCCCCUGAGGAAGGUCCGGAUUGGUCUGGAGUGGCUCUGGCAGUUCACAGGGGAUGGAGCCACGGCCCACCUGGAAACAGGUGGGUUCAUCAGGAGCCGGCCUGGGGUCUCCCACCCAGACAUCCAGUUCCACUUCCUGCCGUCCCAAGUGAUUGACCACGGGCGUGUCCCCACCCAGGAGGAGGCUUACCAGGUGCAUGUGGGGACCAUGCGGGGCACGAGUGUGGGCUGGCUCAAACUGAGAAGUGCCAACCCCCAGGACCACCCUGUGCUGCAACCCAACUACUUGUCCACAGAAGCCGACAUUCACGAUUUCCGUAAUUGUGUGAAGCUGACCAGAGAAAUUUUUGCCCAGGAAGCCCUGGCGCCGUUCCGGGGAAAAGAGCUCCAGCCAGGAAGCCACGUGCAGUCCGAUGAAGAGAUAGACGCCUUUGUGCGGGCGAAAGCGGACAGCGCCUACCACCCCUCGUGCACCUGCAAGAUGGGCCAGCCCUCCGACCCCACCGCCGUGGUGGAUCCGCAGACCAGGGUGAUCGGGGUGGAAAACCUCAGGGUGGUCGACGCAUCCAUCAUGCCCAGCGUGGUCAGCGGCAACCUGAAUGCCCCCACGAUCAUGAUCGCAGAGAAAGCAGCUGACAUCAUCAGGGGGCGGCCUGCACUCUGCGACAAGGACGUCCCUGUGUACAAACCCAGGACCCUGGCCACCCAGCGUUGAGGCAGUCGCUGCCUGGGAAGCCCCCCACCCAGCCAAGAGAGCCCUUGCUCCAAAUGCUCUUUCCUGAAACUCUCUAGAAUGUUAGGGUUCAAUGGCAGAGAACUGGACAAUUUCUUAAGAAGUGAGACCAGUCCGGUCAGUGAGCCAGGCUCCUCUCCCCCUGCCUUGUGCUGUGGGCCUUUGAGGAAAGGCCAGCAUUCUGGCAGGAGGCCCGUGCAAGACUCGGCUCCUACCUGGGUCCCCUCCAACCUGGGCGCCUGCUGCCUCCCUCCUUCCUGGUGGGGCUGGAGGAAGGUGUCCUCUCCCAGACCCCCCUCUGAAGGCAGGCCCCUCAGAGAGCAGGCUCCGUGCAGAGGCUGGGUGCUGUCUGCUCCGAGGGGGCACCCCCACCUUGGGCUUGAGCUGUGGCUGAGACCAGGAGUCCUGCCGACGUUAGGGGGUGCAGCCGGGACUUGUGCCUGAGCCUGCAGUGCCCGUCCAGAGGGAGCACUGCCUGCGGGGUGGAGUGAGGGACAGCACCAGCCUCUCCACUCUCCUCGGUUCCCUGAUCUCACCCCCAGAGGGAGGCACGAGCUGGUGCUCAGAGGGGCCGGCAGCCCCCUGCCUGGUUCUUACUGAACACCAUCAGCCUGACGAGAGGAUUUCUGGGUCUUAUUCAAGGAGAGAAGUGUCUGCAAAGACCCCUCGCCACUACAGGUUUCACGACUUUGCAUUUUAGACGAGUUUCUUGUUACCAGGAAACCUGGAACCCAGAGCAAACCCCACAUACCAGACCUCGCUCCAUGCCAGGCCGUGAAGACACUUUCCCCCGGCGCUGGGCAAGGCCGGCUCAUUCUCAUUCUCCAGGUGUCCGCGGGAACAGAGCGGGACGGGCUGCAACGGACCGAAAAGGCGGUCAGUAAAACUGCGGCUUGGUCCUGCAAAAAUGCGAUUGAGAGAGAAAAGGAAAUGGUCAGAUUUGAGUUUGGGGUGGAGGGAAGAAAACCAGAUACAGGCAGCAUUGAAAACAGUCCUUUGAUCUUUAAAUUUCUCCUAAUUCAAUAAUGUAAUCCAAUAAUUUAUUUUGAACUGAGGUAUCUUUUCCAGACUGUUCUUACAAGGUAAUAAACUAAAUGCAUUUUUGA